AUGGAGCUGACGGUGGUAGAUCUGAGCUUGUACUUGGGAUCGAAGGGCGAAGUGAAGGAGUUGUGCGGCGAGGUGAGCCGGAGUCUGAGAGAAACAGGUGCUCUAUUGGUCAAGGACCCCAGAUAUACGGCCGAGGACAACGAUCGCUUCCUCGGUAUGAUGGAGAGGUACUUCGAUAGACCGCCAGAAUUCAAGCGACUCCAGGAGAGGCCCCAAUUGCAUUACCAGGUUGGGGUGACACCAGAGGGUCUGGAAGUGCCAAGAAGCCUUGUUGAUGAAGAAAUGCAGGAGAAAUUGAAAGAAAUGCCCAAAGAGUUCCAGCCAUCCAUUCCCAAGGGGGCAGAUCGCAAAUGGCGAUACAUGUGGAGAGUGGGUCCUCGACCCUCAGAAACCCGCUUUCAG